AGAAGAAAAAUUGCAUCAGAGAACAACAAAGAAAAAGAAAAAGAGAAAAAAGGAAAUUUCCAAAAAGAAAAACGCCAAGUCGCGUAGCAAUAUUUAUGUCUGUCGCAAACUGGUAAAAGAAAAGGAAACAUGUCAAAUGUUAUAUAACAUUGUGAUCUUCUCAUUCGCAUCUAAAAGACAACUGCCCUCUCUCUUUUCUUCGGUGUCUUCUAUAUUUGCAUGAUUCCUCACAUUUCACACAGCCAUCUAACUUCACCUAUUCAUCUUCCAUUUCUUUGUCCAUUGAAAUGAACGUAUAACUUAUUAGUCCUGCAUUUCAGUAUUUUUGUUUGCUUUGCCAUCACCGUCAUCUUCUCCGUCAACUUUUCUUGUAAUCAACACUCUCUCUCUCUCAUUUCUUGCAUUUUCUUUUCUGAUUCCUCGUUUUCUCCGCAUACUGCCUAUAUAACCAGAAUGGCCAGUGCUGUGUUUCACCAAUCAAUAGGGACUCUUCAAUCCCAUCAACAUCUCCAUAACUCUGGAUUUAAUCAGGAGUUUCAGAAUAUUUCUGUGAAGUUGAUUUCAAAAUGUUCUAAGGUUGAUAUGGGAUUGUCAAUGUCAAGAAAGGGGGAAUUUUGCUCUGCUAAGAGGAAUUUUCAUGUUGUUCAAGCCUCAGCUUCUCAAACUUCAGUAGUUGAUCCUGUUUCAACCCCCUCAAAUGGCAGCACAAACGAAAUUAAAAAUAAAUCAAGCGAGGCAGCUCUAAUACUGAUUAGGCAUGGUGAAUCAUUAUGGAACGAGAAGAACCUGUUCACGGGUUGUGUUGAUGUUCCAUUAACAAAGAAGGGUGUGGAAGAGGCAAUUGAAGCUGGUAAGAGAAUCAGUAACAUACCUGUCGACAUGAUAUAUACAUCAGCCCUGAUUCGCGCACAAAUGACUGCUAUGCUCGCCAUGACCCAGCAUCGUCGUAGAAAGGUGCCAAUAGUUAUGCACAAUGAGAGUGAGCAGGCAAGGGCAUGGAGUCAAAUCUUUAGUGAUGACACAUUAAAGCAAUCCAUUCCAGUUAUAACAGCUUGGCAAUUAAAUGAAAGAAUGUACGGGGAAUUGCAAGGUCUGAAUAAGCAGGAAACAGCAGACAGAUUUGGAAAAGAAAAAGUUCACGAGUGGAGGAGAAGUUAUGACAUACCUCCACCAAACGGUGAGAGUUUGGAAAUGUGCGCUGAAAGAGCUGUUGCUUAUUUUAAAGAUCAGAUUGAACCCCAGCUUCUUUCUGGGAAGAAUGUGAUGAUUGCUGCCCAUGGGAACUCGUUGAGGUCCAUUAUUAUGUAUCUGGACAAAUUAACCUCCCAAGAGGUCAUAAGUUUAGAACUAUCAACCGGAAUACCUAUGCUUUACAUUUUCAAAGAGGGCAGGUUUAUUAGGAGGGGAAGCCCUGCAGCACCAACUGAGGCUGGGGUCUAUGCAUAUACUAGGAGAUUAGCUCAAUACAGGCAGAAGUUAGAUGAGAUGUUGCAUUAGUACGUCAAACAAUUGGACUGCCUAUCACCGUACCACAAUCCUGGAUUCCCGGUGUCAAAGAUCAAAGUAAGAAAAUGAAAGAAAGCUUGCAUGCGAUGUCUACCACUGGAAGCAACUGUGUCUAUCUGUUUUAUGGAUCUCUAGAGUCUACUUGUUUCGCGUCCUUGCCCGUGUUCCUUUCAGGGUAUAUAUGUGAGUAACUGAGAGUUAGUGAUGUUCAAUUCCUGUGAUAGAUAGACUCAACUAAGAGGAUUUUUAAUGUAAGAUGUUAACCUUUUUUAGCUGUUACAAAUUUGAUAUAGUAACAGGAAGAGUAAAUUUCUAGUUUUGCUCUUUGCUUUCUGUGGGAAUACCGGAUACGAAUAGUGUCGGUGCAUUGAGAAAUGAGAAGUAAAAGGAGGUUUUCUUGUUUUACAACAACAAA